UACGUAUUUUGUUGACCUUCGCGACCCCGCUGUUCAUGAGCUCCUUGGUGCGUGAAGCAUUGGCGAAUCCUGGGAGUGGAUGUCUGGAUAAAGAAUAUAACUAUAGACAUAUAAACUCUUUGCUGGAGGCCAAAACAAAUGAUCUUUUGAGAAGCGCAGGCAAAAUACUUGCUCAGGAAGCCCAGGGCAUUGGUGAAUGCUCGUAUAUCCAGCGAAAUCAAAAUCCAGAAUGUUACAGUCCUAUGACAGAAAAGAGUGACUUUCUGGAGAGAGAUUCUGAACAUAACUGUGAAGUUGAAAACGGAAUAAGUUCUCUUGUUGACGAACCCAAACUUAACCACGAGCUUUAUUCAGGCAAGGAUGAAAUAAACGACCGAAAUGUUCUUCCAGAACCUACUGAAGGUCUAGGUCUGAAAGCUCAAAAUCGGUAUUUGAAAGCGAAAGUCCGCGUACUAUUAGAAGAAAAUCAAAAGCUCAAUUCACAGAUGACUCAUCAAGUUCGUUUAAUCAAUGAUGAAAUUGUUCGAAUGAAAAGUCGUAUGCAAGAACUGGAAGAAGAACGUAAUCGGUUACAUCGAGUCACAUCUGCACAUUCAUCUCAGUUAGAGAAAAUGAAAAAAAGCUUGGGCGAAACACGCGUUCACUGUAAUGAACUAGAGACAGAGAAGACUAAUUACAAGAAGGAUUAUGAUUCACUUAAACGUAAUUCUGAUCAGCAAGUUCUCGAAAUCAAAUCUUUGACUACACGUCUUAAUCGUGCAAUUGAAGAAUCUGACCGUUAUAAAGCUGAAUUAGAGAAGGUCCGUUCAUCUACACGUGAGAGCGUUGGAUCUAUGCGUCAUAAUAUGGAUGAUUUAAUGGCUGAAAAUAAACGGUUAGAAAAGCAAAAAUCCGAGUUAAUUUCAACAUUUAAAAAGCAAAUGAAAUUGAUCGAUAUAUUGCGCAGACAAAAAUCAUUUCUAAAACCAAGUACGUCAGGACAUCGGUUCAAGAAAGUACGUAUAAAUAUACGUGAAUCGAUAAAUUUUCAGGUGAAAGCUGUGAUUAGAUUAGAGAAAUUGAAAUCAAAUAAAAGAAAGCUUCCCGAGAUGCAACUGUGCGUAGUUCAUCCUUUUUUUAUUUUUCUUGCAGAAUAUUACAUGUCUAAUCCAGAUUUGUUUCCAGAUCUACUAUCUGACUCAGUUCUAAAUGCCUUGUCACUUGAGACUUUAGUCAGGCAAGGAGCAGAAGCACGAAUCUAUCGCACUAAGUUGUUCCAUUCAACAUAUACUUUUCCAUGUAUUAUUAAAGAAAGAUUUGUCAAACGGUAUCGUCAUAGUACAUUGGAUGCCACUUUGUCAAUGCAGCGAAUGCGAGCUGAAGUCAGACAGAUGUUGCGUUGUAGAGAAGUAGGAAUAGAUGUCCCUCCAGUCCUUCUAGUUGAUGUUCGACGACGUCGGAUUUGGCUCGGUGAAGUUGGUCCAGAUGCUGUCACACUUCAAGACUGGUUUAAAAACUUAUCUUCUCUAGCAACUGCAUCAGAUUUAUGUACCAUGGAUAUCCAGGAGAAAACAGCUUCACGAUUGCGAAAUUUAACAACGGCAUUAGGUCGACUACUUGCUCAGCUACAUUCUAACCAUAUAAUACAUGGUGAUUUGACUAUGUCCAAUAUUCUGGUUCAACAGGUAGAUAAUUGUAACAAAGAAUCCGAUUUUCGAAUCGUUCCUAUAGAUUUUGGACUUUCAAGCUCUUCUUCUGGAUUAACCUCACAACGUUUAGCAGAAGAUAAAGCUGUAGAUCUAUAUGUGUUUGAACGGGCCUUAACCUGUGGCCUUGAUCACAAAGCCCUGUCAAAAAUUACCACUGACCACGCCGAUUUAAAUACUCCAGAAUCGCUUCUGAAUUUAAUUAUAAAGUCCUACCGGGAUAAUUAUGUAUCGACAAUACUGGAUGAUCGACAGAUAAAGUCUAAACAUGAUAAUGCAAAAUCACGUGGUCAUUUGGAAAAACAAGAUCACGAAGUCAAAGAAAUUUUAAAUAAAUUGGAGGACGUUCGACUUCGUGGUCGAAAACGUCUGAUGAUCGGUUGA